CGCGCAGCAUGCUCUACCACGGUCUCGAGUCGCCGCAAGUGGAGACACUAAAGAAGGACAGCGCGGUGCACCCGAUUGAGCGAGCAAGCUGGUGGUCCUUCGUCUCGUUUAGCUAUAUGGACGGCCUCGUGCGGUCUGCGGCCAAGAAGCCGCUCGAACACAACGACGUGUGGCCACUCGGUGCCGCCGACUCGGCCCCAGCACUCAUGGCGCGCUUUCAGCAGGCGUGGAAGGCAACGCCUGGUCGCUUUGGCGCUGCGAUUUUCGCCACCUUCCGCACGCAGACGCUGCUCUGCGUCAGCGCCUACAUGGUGUACGCGCUCUUGACACUGCUCCAACCUCGGGUGGUCAAGUCGAUGCUACAGUUUCUCGCCAACGACGAUGGCUCUGCGCGAACCGACGUCGGCAUCGAGUCAGGCUACGCCCUCGCAGCACUGCUCACGCUCCUCAGCCUCGCGAGCAUGAGCCUCGUCGACUUUGCACAAGGUUUCAUGUCGAUGCUCGGCUGCAACGCCAAGACGAUCGUCAUGGACGCAGUGUAUCUCAAGAGCCUCAAGCUCGCGAACGCCAAAGCCACGUCGGCCGGCGACCUCAUCACUCUCGCCUCGGUCGACUCGGACCGCAUUUUUCUCGCAUUCCUCAACGGCGCGUGGGUCCCCGUCGCACCCCUUAUGCUCUUCCUCAACUUUUUGCUCCUCGGGUUUGAACUCACGGCACUCUCGGCCGUCGCUGGCGCGAUAGCCCUCUUUGUCUUGUUUUACGUCGGC